AUGAGAAGAAUUUAUAAAGUUAAUUAUUUUACAAGAAAUAAAUCAAUAGUUUUCAUAAUAUUAGUAUCAUUUAUAGUUUUAUUUAAAUUUCAAUAUGAUGUUAUUAAAUUAAGUGAACAAUUACAAAAAGAAAAGAUUAUCAGUUCACAAAAACAAAUAGAAUUGGAAGAACUUGGUUCGUAUAUAAAUUUGUUGGAAAGAAGAUUUAUAGAAUUAGGUGGUGACAGUGAAAAUUGGGGUUGUAAAAGAAGUAGUAACAAUAGACCUCAAUUAAUCUCGAGUAGUGAUAAUUACAAUGAUGAUGAUUAUGAUGGUGGUGAUUAUUACUAUGAUGAAUAUAUUGAAGAUGAUAAUAUUAAGUUAUUAUCAUUAGAAACAAUGAUGAGAAUUCAAGAAUUAAAAUAUGAUCCAAAUAUUGUACAAUCACCAAGAUGUAUAAAAGAAGCCAAUUCAAUUAAAUUAAUGUGUUCAAAAUUUAAAUAUAAUUAUAGAACUAAAUAUAAUUUUAUUGGUAUUCAUGAUCAAUUAAAUAAUACAUCACCAAUAAAAUCAAAAUUUUCAUCAUUUGAAAAUGGCAGUGGUGUUGGUGCUGGUGGUGCUAGUGAUGAUGAUAUUAAAGAUUCAAAUUUAUUAAUUUUAAGAAAUCCAUCAAGUGGUGUUUCAAAUUUUAAAGUUUCAAAAAGAGCAAAACUUUCAUUUGAAGAAGUAUUGAUCGAUGUUAAUGAUGUUUAUAUUGCACCAAGUUUUGGUAGUAGUUGGGGUGAUUUUAAUGGUGAUGGUUGGAUUGAUCUUUAUAUUGGUAAUCAUUAUUGGCCAUCUAGAUUAUUUUUAAAUGAAAAUGGUACAUCAUUUAGAGAUGUUUCAUCAAAUUAUAUAAAAGGAUAUGAUAAAAUGAAAUUUUUGGAUAAACAUGCCUCAGCAUGGGCUGAUUUUAAUAAAGAUGGAAAUUUAGAUCUAUUAGAGACAACAGGUGCAAAGUACGGUACAAGUUCAUUACCAAAUAAUUUAUAUGUUAAUUAUGGUGGUGGUGGUACUGGUGGUGGUACUUCUAAUUCAAGUGGAGAUUCUCCCCAAUUUUGGUCAGAAGAAGCUGUAAAAAGAUCAAUUGAUUAUCCAUUUGCAAGAGGUAGAACUAUAACAUGGUUAGAUUAUGAUAGUGAUGGUGAGUUGGAUGCAUUUGUAUCUUCACAGAAAAGAUCGGAUGGUAAGGGUGAUAGUGCACUUUUUAGACAAAAAAAAGGUGGCCAAUUCUUUGAUGUUAGUAAAUUCGUUGGUAUGAAUAUAGUUACAAUGAUUCUAUUCGUUAGACAAACUGAUUUAGAUAAUGAUGGUGAAUUGGAACUAUUGUUAAUAAGUUACACAUUUCCAUUCAAAGUUUACCAUACCAAUAGAGAUGACCCAUAUAAAGCAUUCACCGAUGUAACCUCAUCCUUUUUUCCAUUGAAUACUGAUGAAGUUGAGAAACAUCAAGUUGCAAUUGAAAAUUCCACAAUUAGAUGGGUACCUUCUUCGGCUAAAACUGGUUUAAUAUCAAUUGUUAGUGAUUUGGCAUUUGGUGAUAUGGAUGGUAAUGGUUGGCAAGAUGUUAUCAUCGCUAGGAAUUAUCAUGGUACUUGUAUAGUUUCCAUCUAUUAUAAUCAUGGAUUAUAUGAGAAUGAUAAAGAGAGAAUUCAAGAUCAACCAGGUAUUAGAAAAUCUUCGAAAUUAAAAUGGAAACUUUUAGAUAUCUAUAGUGAUAAUACCACCAAAUGCGGUUCAUUGGUAGUUGCCGAUUUCAAUAAUGACUUCAAUUUAGACAUUUAUUUAGUCACUCAUCUAACUCACUCAAAUUCACCCAAUGUAAUGAUUUUCAAUGAUGGUGAUGGUGGUAAUUUCUCAAUUAGGGCUGAUGGUGUCGGUGCUGGUGGUUCAACAUUUGGUAAAGGUGAAUCAGUAACAAUGGCAGAUUAUAACAAUGAUGGUUACUUGGAUUUACUAGUUACCAAUGGUAAAGGUUCACCACCCUUUGAUGUUGGUCCAGUUCAAUUAUUUAAAAAUUUAAAUUCCGGUAGAAAUUGGUUAGAGAUUGAAUUGAUUGGUAUUAAUGAGAAUGCUCAUGGUUUUGGUUCAAGAAUUACAAUCACUGCUUGUAAAAAAACUCAAUUUCGUGAUGUUGAAUCAGGUGUUCACUUUUCAGCUCAAAACUCUUUUCGAACUCAUUUCGGUCUUAAUUUUUGUCCAAAAAUUACUGAAAUUAAAAUUUAUUGGCAACGUUCAAAACAAUAUCAAAUCUUAAAAAAUAUUAAUCCAAAUCAAAUUUUAAAAAUUACUGAAGAUGUUUUUUAG